GCGAGCGCCAGUGUUUUCAGUCAGAGGAGUGCUUAGAGCGGCCGGCCGGGCAAGCUCCUUACAACACUGAGAUUGAUAAUAUAGCCAAGUCCCACCCGCCCGAAAUAAGCCCUUCAGCCAUCCACCCUGUCGCCAGCCUCCCAGGUCAGUGCAGGAUGUAUGGGGAAAGACAAAGUUGGUGGAAGAAUUGGUCAUUGCACAGUGGGAGUUUUUGAAAUUUCCACAAGAAUAAUCUUACCGUGGCAGAAAAUAAAGGAAAAAAAGGGAAACAUGCUGGAAGUGAGAUGUGAUCUGUCUUGUGAUGUUACUGGCACAACAACAAAUACAUGACUGAUAUUGCUAUUGAGUUGGUGAUAGGUAUUACAAUGAAAUGGCACCAGGCAACAUGGACUGUUUAGGCAAACAUGUGAAUUACACACCAGUAAAGAGGGCAUUGAAAAGAGAGAAGGAUCCUCUGGGGAGGAACAACGUUUUGUGAAGCAGAGAGAAGCCUUCCUUGAAUCCUUUUGGAAAUUGUAAUGGAUGAAAUCUGAACAGACUUGUGUGAGUUGACACAGAACACUGAUUAAGAAAUUGGUGAUGAUUGAGAAGUGAGCCUUAUCAAUGAAUGCAGUAUUAGAUUGCAGUAAGCAAGGGGUAUCUCAUGAACAGCUCUAUGAAAAAUGUCCGCCUGCAACGCCUUCACUGAACACGUAUGGAAGCCUGGUGAAUGCAAGAACUGUUUCAAGCCCAAAAGUUUGCAUUGUUUGACUGCUGCCUCUGACACCCCUCCUAUUUCAUGUAACAAUUUAAAAACAAAUGCUAACCAUAGCAACAACCACCGGGGUAGGUCAGGCACUGGUAGCUUUCGGCCUCCUGUUGCUAAGAAGCCAACGAUUGCUGUGAAGCCCACCAUGAUGGUCAUGGAUGGACAAACUAUGAGUACAGAAAUGGAGGUAUUGGAAAGCUGUGAAAAUAAACAUCGAUGGAAUAGAAAUGGUGUUCUUCUCAACAGGAAACCGGUGAACAAUAACAACAAUGAAGCAAACAACAGCAAUUCUCAGAGAGCUUGUGGCACAGAUAGAAUUGUUAAUAAUAGGAUACCCAACAACAAUAAUGGAUUAACUGACGUAUUGAAGGAAAUUGUUGGAUUUGAGCCUGAGCCACAUGUACAAGGUAAAGAAUGUGACAGAGAGUCCUUUCUUGGAAGGAUCAACAAAUGUUACCAACGCUCGCUGGAAAGAAAGCUUCCUCCGAGCUGUAUUGUGGCAGGUAUGAAAGAGAAUAUGGGUAAGCGUGUAAUGCUCAGCAGCAGCUCAGAUAUUAUCAGCAGUGAGGGAGGACUUUUCUGCUAUCCAGACUGCUCCUUUAGCAGUGAUCAAAGAGCGGAUAAUGAGUCAAGUGAGAAUGCAACAGAAGAGCGAGAAAGUUGGGAUGAAAGUGAUGAAGAGCUGUUGGCAAUGGAAAUACGUAUGCGUGGUCAGCCUCGUUUUGCUAAUUUUAGGGCCAACACACUCUCUCCUGUCAGGUUCUGCAGUGACAAAAAGUGGAACACAGUGCCAUUACGAAAGCAGUCACUACAAAGAAUUUGUGCUGUUGACUAUGAUGAUAGUUAUGAUGAAAUUCUGAAUGGAUACGGUGAUGAAGCCUUGAUCCCAUAUGGUCAGGACAGUAUGCCAAGCAUAUUAUCAUCUGAAUCUACAUCUCCUGAUUCCUCAGUGACAGAGGGAUCGCAAACUGGGACAACAAAAGCUUUACACCAACAACUUUGUAAUGGCGAUCUUACUCCAAGUGACUGCAAAAGCACCAAGUUUAUUGAACCAGAUUAUGAAAGCAUAAACGAAAAUGAACAGGUUCCCCAAGUAAAGCAGGCUCCAUUUAAGCCAGCAAGAGGCACUGCAGUAAAGUCUUUAGAAACUCAUAAAGCUGUUCUUGCAUUGAGGUUGGAAGAGAAGGAUGGAAAGAUAGCUCUACAAAAUGAGAAGCAGGAAUUCACCAUAAAUUCCACAGACAGUCCAGGGCAAACUGUGACAAUUAACAUUAUUCCAAAGGAAGACCAAGCAAAACCGUACAGAGUUGUAGAUUUGGAGCCACCAGGUAUGUGCAAACCGUACACUGUGGUUGAUGUAUCCGCUGCAAUGAACAAUAAAAAGUCUGACAGUACACCCGAGUCUCUUCAAGGAGCAAAGACUUCACCAGUUAGUGCAAACUCACCCAUGUCACUUUCGAGCCAGAUAAACAACCAGAAAAAGUCAAGUAUCAACAGAUAUCAGGAGGUGUGGACUUCUAGCACUAGUCCUCGACAGAAAAUGCCCAGAGUGGCUUUAAUGUCAACUAGUUCUGGGCCUACACCUCCCCCAAGACAAAUGAGUCAUAAAUCAGCUCCUACUUCACCUACUACUACAAAUAUUACUUCGAAAACUAUCCCUGUGAAGUCUCCAAAUCUGUCUGAGAUCAAGUUCAAUAGUUACAACAAUGCUGGGAUGCCUCCUUUUCCUAUCAUCAUACAUGAUGAGCCAACAUAUGCACAGAGUUCAAAGCAUAAGGCUAUAAAAGUACCAAUAGUAAUUAAUCCAAAUGCCUAUGAUAACUUAGCCAUUUAUAAAAGCUUCUUGGGUCCGAGUGGAUCACAUUUGAAAAAGGAAGCUUUAGAAAACGUAACAAGUCAUACAUACGAAGAAAUUGGAUCAACAGUGAGGAAAUCUGCAGAUUUGUCUCAAGCCAAAGGACUGAGUGCCAGCACAGAACGAAAGGUACUUGGCUCUGUUGCACAGAAAGUGCAGGAAUUCAACAAUGCACAAAACAAAGCACAAAUUCUGUCUCAGUCCUCGCCGCAUAAAAGCUUUGGAUCCAAUCACAGCUCUCCUUCUAGAAUUCAGAAAUCUGCUCAAGACUCUCCAGCCAGAAAAGAAGAAACACCAGAAAGGCAGAUAUCAUCAGGAAGCAGGGAAAAUGCCAGCACUGUGCUUUCCCAAAUUGUUGCAUCUAUUCAGCCUCCACAGCUGCCGCCCGAAAAUCCCCAGACACAGUCAAAAGCCAGUAGUGCAGAAGAGCUUUACUCUCAGCCACCUGCCAUCUCAGAAGGCAAUGGAGAUAUUCACAUCCGCCCAAAAUCAUUAUUCUCCCCACAAGCAAAUAGUGAAGCAGAAGUGUCAAAGGUGAUCGACAGUACUCUUACAAAAGGACAGAAAGAAAACAUGCUACCAAAACAGAUUACUGUCCCCACAUCUAAACCAGGUACAGUACAAUCUCCUGGUGCAGCUAGCUUGAGCCCGAAGAGUGAACAACUGCCUCCAUUUCCACCACCACGUUCUACAUCAUCCCCUUACCAUGCCAGCAACCUUCUGCACAAGCAUUUCAGUAAUUGGGGGAAGCCAACUAGCCCUGUACGAACGCCUGAGACUGAAUCUCCACUGCUGAACCCAGAGGGUCGCCAACGCUUACAAGAGGCGAAGCCAAAACGAUGGAUCUCUUUCAAAAGCUUCUUCCGUCGGCGCAAAACUGAGGAAGAGGAGGAGAAAGAAAAAGACAAAGACAAAUUAAUUGGACUGAAUGGACGGGUGAUACACAUGCUGCCACCGCCACCCAUACAGCGACAUCACCUGUGCAGUGAUCAGAAGAUAUUAGAACCAUCUGAGAAGCUGACCACCAUACUGAGUUACAAACAAGAGCUUGGACUGGAUGGCAUAAAUGCUGCGACUGGCAAACUGGAUGCUGCUGCAAUAGACACUGAAAUCCAUUCUACCCUCAGCGAAACACAGGUCAUUGUAUCUGGAUUGAAAGAUGAUGAAAAGUCUGCAAUGGCCGUUCAUGAAAGUGAAAAGGAAAUCAGCUGUGCGAGCAGUCAGAAUUCUCCCCCACCUCCCCCACCAAAGAAAUGUAACAAAAUUUUAAUUCCACCGAAAUUUCAAAGAACUCAACAUGGAUUCAUGAACAUACAACUUAACUUCUGUCAGUGUGACUUCCUAUUGCAGAACAGCUUUCCGGGUGAGAUGACCGUUGAAGACAUGCCACCACAAGUAUCAGAAGUUCAAAGAUCAGCAUCAGCGAACCAAGAGCCACCUGGUACAACAACUUUGAUGCUGGUCAGCACAGAAUCUCAGGACGAAAAAGACAUGGGCAGUGAGUCUGCUGACGAAAGCAUCAGCAGUGCUACUUACAGUAAUUUGGCAAAAUCCCAGAGCCGACGGGCUGUGGAUGGAGGCUCAGAGACGCAUGGAACUACGCCACUGCUGAGGGCCACAGGACAAUCGCGGGCCAACAUGAUACCCCUGAAGCAGCCAAGACAAGUGAAAGGAGCUUCGGAUGAUGCCAUUGCAUUUGUGGGAUCCACAGAACAGGAAACCAUGUCGGAGAGUCAGCCAACACCACCACCUCUUCCAAAGAAGACCAUAAUCCGAGCAAACACUGAUCCCACUUCAAGGGACUAUGCCCACAAAAUGAUAGAAGUCAGAAAUUCUGGGCACAAUGUAAACUUGGCAAACCCACUAUAUGAUGUAGAGUAUCCUGGGGAUGCAAACUGGGAUGCAUCAAGUGCUUGUUCCUCACUGAGUUCAGAUGCCAGGAUGUGUGACAUUGAGUCAGGCGAUUCACUGGAAAGAGCGGUGAGCAAGUCAACAGCAAAGGCUAGAGCAUCAUCAACGGUCAACAGUACUUGUAGCCUCACCAUGAGCAGCAGUAAGGAAAGGUGCUCAAAUAGCUUGGAUUCACUCUCCGAGAAGAAUCGUUUUCCUCAGAGACCUGGUAAAAACAUUCAAAAGCCACAAAGGCAUGCACUGUACAAAGGGAUCGAGAACAAAGAGGAGGUGAUAAUGAAGAUUCGAAAUCUCCAUGCAGAGUCGUUGCGGAAACUGGCAGCUAAAUGUGAGGACAAGUUUAUGGAGGGCCAAAAGAACCAGCUUCGCUUUGGAUUGGACAACUGGUCAGACUUCAGACUGACAAGUGAUAAACCUUGUUGUGAGGCAGGUGAUGCAGUUUACUACACAGCAUCCUAUGCUAAGGACCUCCAUAACCAAUAUGCAAUCAAGAUUUGUAAAAGUCAAGCAAAAGCAUCCCAGCAGCUGUAUUACCAUAGUCUGGCUGUAAGACAAAGCCUUGCUGUACAUUUCAACAUCCAACAGGACUGCGGGCACUUCCUUGCUGAGGUCCCAGUUCGUAUGCUUCCAUGGGAGGAUCCCAACGCCCCAGUACUGGAAGAGGACGAUGAAGAUAGCUCAGAUGUUCAAAAUGCCAUAAAAAAGAACAACUCCACCUCCAAGGGAUCUUCCAGCAAACACAGAAGCCGUGUGGUGGUGAUCACUCGAGAGGUUCCGUACCAGACCGUUGCUGACUUUGUGCGUGAAUCAGCACCUCGGCACACAAAGAGUCCCGAAAUCUAUGAGCGACAAGUGUGCUUACUCCUGCUGCAACUCUGUGCCGGUCUCAACCACUUAAAACCACACCACGUUACGCACUGUGAUUUGAGGUUGGAGAAUUUGCUCUUGGUGCGAUGUCGACAAGGAACCUCAGGAAACGGUGAAUCAGAACACACCAACCCAAACACACAAUUGGCACGACUGAUUGUCAGUAACUUCUCCCAGGCCAAGCAGAAGAGUCAGGUGGUAGAUCUCGAGGUCUUAAGGGAUCAGUCUAGGCUAGCUCCCGAGAUUAUCACCAUCACCCAGUACAAAAAGUGUGAUGAAUUUCAAACAGGAAUACUCAUUUAUGAGAUGUUGCACCUACCCAAUCCAUUUGAAGAAAACCCAGAACUGAAAGAGAAGGAAUACACUCGAACAGACCUACCUGCCAUCCCUAAACGCUCCGUCUACUCCCAGGGGCUGCAGCAGCUGGCAAGUCUCCUCCUGCACCCCAAUCCCUCAGAGCGCAUCCUCAUUUCAGAUGCCAAAGUCUACUUGCAGUGCCUCCUAUGGGGACCACGUGAUGACCUGCUCCAGACACUCAACUCCCUCAGCAGCACUGCAGAGAGAAAUAAUGUAUUGCAGAACUGGCUGGACAUAAAACGGACGCUACUUAUGAUUAAAUUUGCAGAGAAGGCCAUAGACACCGAAUGCAGUGUUAGCCUCGAGGUCUGGCUUUGUUGUCAGUACUUGGCCUUUGCUUCGGUAGAAUCCCUCAGUCAUAUUGUGAAGCUCCUCCAGCUCCAGUAAUCUGUGUGACUGCUGCUUGCUUCCCUUCCUUGCCUUCCCCCUCCCUUCUCUCUCACCAAAUUUGGAUUAAUGUGCAAUUUUUUGUAAAUGUUCCAACUUUGUAAAUGGCAGUAUUUAAAGUGUAUGUAAUAGAUUUCUACAUUUUGGAAUGUGAUGCCUACAUUAAGCAACAAAUAUUUGUUUUUUUCUUUCCUAGGCACAUAUGCAAGCUGUAACUUGCUCUUAAAAUGGAUGCUUGGAUGUUUGUUGUUGAAGCUAUGACAAUUUGUAUGUUUACUUAUAUCAUGCCUUGAAAAAAACUACAGCCACUUUGCUAAAAUUGCAUUAAUGGGUCAGUUGCACAAAAGCAGAUUGAGAAACAAAUGUAAUCUUAGUUUAUCAGAUCUUUGCAGGGCUUCUAGGAGAAGAGAAAAAAAUCAGUCAGCCAACUCGUUUUGCUCGAGUCAGUCAGUUUGCUGGCCCGUUAUAGAAUGGGGUUGAUGGUAAUCAUGGAGAACUUGGGGACCCCACAUUGUCCUGUUAUGAGCUCCCAACUGAAGCAAGGAGAAUAAAGGUAGGUAGGCAAACCAGAGUGAAAUAUGGGGGUUGAUGAAGGAUUAGGGAGUUGGAGUAUGGUGGCACUAUGUUGGUGAUUAAGGAUGCAGCAAUAGGAAUCAUACAAAUCUUCUAAUUGUAUGGUGAUCAUAUCUUCAAAAGCUUUUCUGAUAGCGACUCAAUGUAAUUUCAUUGAACUUUAGUCAGAUGUAAUAAAACUCGAGAGUGACCUUUAUACUACCAUGAGUUACAGAAUCUAUAUAGUUCCUAUCUCUACUGGUUUUACUUUACAGCAAAAAUAUUUUAGUUAAUCUUCAACAAUAAUGAAAAAUCAUAUAUUAACAUAGUGGCAAUGUUACAGUUCCUUGCUUUGCUUACUUAUUACUUGGGACUGUUUGGAUGUAGAAACAGAUUGGUGACUAUGGCAUCAUUUGACUGAAAGGGAGACAACUAAUUAGUAGUGGUAGUUUCACUGGUAUCUCUUUGGGAAUUUUUCAGCUAGUGUUCCUUUCUAUGGAUGCUUAAAUGUACCAUUUGGAAAUUUAGAACAAUACUAUACAAAACAAUACCAAUAUCAUACCAGGGGCUUUGAGUAAUCCCAAAGGAAUUGUACUUUCUAUAAAAGGGUGAAAUGGAAAAAGAGGUCAACCUAGAUGAGGCCUGGUCACUGCAUUACCAGUGCUCUGUUCAAGGUACAGUGAGCUGACUGAACCUUCAUUUCAAGAGGCACAAACUACGAUCUUGAAUUGCACUCCCAUGUCUUUUCCUUUGCUGCGGCCUGGCAACAGCUAUUUGUUGUCUAUAUUUGGCACCAAUCCUGUAUUUUGAAGUGAUUGUGUAUGUGUGGAAAGAUUUUCCUGAUCAAGUAUCUAUUUUUCAUUAUACACUCAUAUUAAAAGGAACAAUUACAUUAAUGUAUCAGUAUUACUUCAGCGCAGCUAAUUGAUCAAAAUAUUUAUGAAUACAAAGGCAAAAGACCUGUAUUAUGUUUUCUGCCAUGCUAUCAUAUGCUGAGGUAUAGAUCUCUGUGGCUAUAUGUGAUAUCAUGCUUGAUUAUCAUAAUUCUAACCAGUCCUGAACAGAUAUGGAAUCAGUUUUACCCAGUUUAAAAAAUAAGUCAAUAAAACAUCAGCUAAAACUGGAUUUUACCUAUAAAUGGGAACCAGGUAAUAAUGCUUUUGUUUUUCAACAGACUGCCACAGGACGGAAGCAGUCAUACUCAGUCUUCAUCCUCUUAUGCUUCAAAACAAGCUCUUCAAAUAUUAUAGUACGAAUACUUAACUGGUAUUACAUGAAAUUCUUUUGGUUCCUGCUUUAUAACAAAGUAAUCAUAAAAAUAAACAGGUUAAUGGCAAAGAAAGGAAUUUCAUACAAAUGUUGGAAUGCCUAUACUUGAAUUAGAUUCAAGGUAUUCAUGUCUUACUAUCUAAAGAUCACAUUUAAGCUGUGGAUGAAGCAGAUUUGUGCAGGAAAAGUUUGUGGCUUUCCGUUGGUCUUGAGUCCCCUUCACAGAAUGGAAUUUAGGUUUUAUAUAUUUGACCAAUCCUUUGAAAAUUUUAACAAACUCUACCAUACCUUUCCAAGCCAAAAUUUUAAAGAAUUCUAGAUGGUGAUUGUGCUUUCUCCCCAUUGGAGCAGUUGCACAUUGACAAUGAGAGUCAUUUUAACUAAAAGAAUGGGAAUAUUUAAUUCAAAUUGAAUUCCAACCUUUCCCUGUGGCUAGUCAGGUCAAUGGAGAUGCUACAAGGAUUUAUCAGUAUUUUAUAGAUUGCUAGAAACCUAAUUUUUUGUUGUCAACCUCCAUCUGAAUUCAUCAUGCUCUCUCUCUCACCUCCUAUCCUUCUUUCCCUCCAUAUAAACACCCAACCCCCCCAAAAUUACCAUCUCACACGGCCUUGCUGCUCCCAUCGUGUCAGUCACAGAUCUGAUCACUUCCUUGUAUCACUCUCCAUCCACAAACCCCUUCCACCUCUAAAACCUACUUCCUUCUGUGGCUUCCUGUGGUGGUUGGUGGGGGGUGGUGGAGGUGGCGGGGGGUGAGGAAGCUUUCUCCUACUUCACUUACAACUGCUUUCAAAAUCUCAACUGUCUAACCUCUGAUCUCCUAUUCACUAUAUUAAUUCACUCCUAUUAAUAUAUAUGCAGCUACCAAUCUGCUCAUUCUUCUGAUGGCCCACUCCCAAUCAAAACCAUUACUCACUUUGGUGGAUCCCUCCCACCAGAUAUGGCCCUCAUUUCCAUUCCCUUAUGUCCAAGGGACGUGGACUUGAAUGGAUAAUUGGUUUUACCAUUCAUCACCAGACCUGGCUAAUAAAGAUCAUUCUGGAAUGGAAAGAUAACUCUGGUAUUUUUUUCCCCCUCAUUUCAAACAGUUACCUUAAACCUCCCCAUAUCCUCUAUUCUAAUCUCCGAGUGCACAGAGCUCAUGGACUACUUUGUCACUAAGAUUGAGAUGAUCCUAUAAGCUGUGCCUCUGCUGCUUCCCCCUCUUCCACUGUUCCCAACUUCCUCUAAGGUUCCCCCUUACCCUAGCCCUGAACUUAGAUAUUUAUUUAGUUUCUUUCUCAUCUCCCCUCACACCCACUUCAGGUUAAUCUUGCCCUUGAGACCCACCUCCUGCUCCUUCAACCCUAUUCCCAUUAAACUGCUAAUCACCUAACUUUCCUUACUGGCCCCUGUUCUAGCUAUUAACCAUUCUCUCUCCUCUGUACAGUCUCUCUUCAUCACCUUUCUUUAUCAUCAAAAUAAAAACAACCCUUGAUCCCUCCAUCUUUGCAAACUACUGCCCCACUUCAAACCUCCCUUUCCUCUCCCAAGUCCUUGAACAUGCUGUCGCCUCCCAAAUCUAUUUGUACCUUUCCCAGAACUGCAUCUCUCCCAUCAGGUUUGUGCCCUGCCACAGUACCAUAAGGCUCUUCUCAAAGUCGCAGAUGACAUUCUAUGUUACUGUAACAAAGGUAAAACUAUCCCUCCUCGUCCUUCUUGACCUGUCUGUAGCCUUUGACAUGGUUGCCUGCACCAUCCUCCUCAAAUGCCUCUCCACCAUCCUGCAACUGGAUGGAACUGCAUUCAUCUAUAACUAGAGGAUCCCUACAUUGGCUUCUCUUCCUGCUCCCACGCCAUUACCUCCAGUGUCCCCCAAGGCUCUCUUAUUUCCCAUGCCAUAUCCACAUGGUACCCUCCAGUUGCAGCAUCAGUUUCUGCAAAUGUGAUGAUACCCAGCUCUUCCUCAUCUCCAUCUCUCUUGUUCCUCCACCAUCUCUAAGUUGUUAGACUGCUUUUUGAUACAGUAUUGGAAGAACUCUUAUUUGUUAGUCACUGACUUCCUGAAGCAGAACCAGACUGCUCGCAACCUUGGUGUCAUUUUUGACCCUGAAAUGAGUUUCCGACCACACAUUCAUGCCUACACCACUUAUUUCCACCUCUGAUAUUGACCACACCUUCCUCAGCUCAUUGGUGAUGAAAUCCUUAUUCACACCUCUAGACUUGACUAUUCCAGUGCACUCCUGCCUGGGCUCCUACAUUCUACCUUCUAUAACAUGAGAUUGUGUCCCCUAACUUGCACCACCCCAUUCUCUGAUCACCCCUGUGCUUCCUGACCUAUACGGGCUUGUUUAGAAAAUACCUCUAUUUUAAAAUUCUCAUCCUUGUUUUUGAAUCUGCAUGGCCUCGCCCUUCCCUGUCUCUGUAACCUUUGCUCCAAUUCUCGUCUCUUGAACAUCCCUGAUUUUAAUCCACCAUUACUAUGGAUAGCUUCAGCUGCCUAGGUCCUAAGCUCUGGAAUUCCCUUCCAAAGUUCUUUGCCUCCUUUAAGAUGCUCUUUGAAAGCUACCUCUUUGACCAGGAUUUUUAUCAUUUGUCCGAAUAUCUCAUGUGACUCAGUCAAACUUUGUUUGAUUACCCUCCUUUGAAGCGUCUUGGGAUGUUUUACGGUGUUAAAGACACUAUAGAAAUACAAGUUAUUUCUGUUUAAAGUGUGUGCACUUACCUGUAGAACUACUUGUGUUCAAACCGAUGAGGAAUUUAUUCAAUAGAACAUUAGCUGCCCAAAUUUCUUCUUUGUAAAUGCUGGUUAAAUUGGGUGGGAUUGUUUUAAACUUUGACAGCUUCUUGAACUAGACGUUGCAAGUUUUUUUGCCAUAUUUAUUCCUGUUUAUGAUUGCAAGAGUGUGCAGUAAUCUUUGUACUUCAUUUGCUUUGCAAAUUAUGAAAUUUACUUAAGUCAUGAUCCCACUCCCUGUUCUGAACUUAUCCAAACUAUGGAUGUGGGGAAAAAGGCACCCAAAUACAGGGUGCUAGUGAGUGAAGUGCCUGACUAUAGUUGGUAUUUAGACAAGAAAUAGCACAUAAUAUAACUCUUAAAAUAAGUUUUAUUGGUGUACAGAAUGCCAGAGUGCAUUAAUGUGCUUCUGUCAAAAGUAGCCAAACUAGUGUUUACAAAGACUUUUAUUACUACCAGUUAUGUACUUUUUUUAAAAAAAAUGACUUCUUUAACAGAAUGACCUAGAUGAAUGUACUUCCCUGGUACUGAAAUUAUACAUUGGCAGAAUAUCUUUCUUGAGCAGUAGAGGCAGUUUUAAUUUACUAAACAUGAGGGUUUCCACUGUAAUUGGGGACAGGAGGCUGUUCCAAUUACCUUGGUGUGAGAAUUUUUCCAGGAAUAACUAUUAGAAUGGUGUUGAAAUGCAAACUGCAUAUUUCAGCGUCUUAAAUAGAAGGCAGGUUAAUAUUUCAGGUGCAUACUUGUUGAAAUUGACUGAGUUGAGUUUUGCAGCUUUUUCUGUUUUGGCAAUCAUUGUUUUCUUUGUUUCUAUAAAUAGUGCAAUCUUGAGGGGUUAAAGAUUGCCUUAUUUUCUGUCAAGUACUACCAUUAAUUUUGUCUUAAGCAAUUUGGGGGGUUUGAGAGUGUGCCUUUUUGUAGCCACCUUAGAUAAACAAUCAAAUCUUUUGUGUGCAACUGACCCAAAGACUGCACAUAGCUUUCUGUACUGCUGAUGACAGGACUGUGUUUCUCUGUGAAAAUGCAAGCCAUCAGUAUUCAUAUCUGAUACGUAUAACCUAGUUUGGAUCUACUGUAUUAAAAUAGUGUACUUAAUCUGCAGCAUCUUGGAAUUUAUAUUCUGCUGCUUUGAGUGGUUGGCUGAAAACUGAGGUAUGUGGUGUGAAUUGCAGUACUUCAAAAUGGGAGCUGAAAUUCUAAUCUGGUGUGAUUUCUGUAAUCAUUCAGUUGUGUCACAAUGUAAAUGGUUAUGUUUUAUUAAAAAAAGUGACAACUGUU